UUAGGAUAAACACGAAGAGUUAAAACCGGGCACACGGAUCGAAGGUCGACAGCGCAACCGCUCGGCUAAAAGCGCACGAUUGAGUAGAACAAGUGCGCGCAAUUGAGUUGACCGCUCGAUUUAAUACGAGUACACUGUACAAGUGCAUUGUCGAAAGAGUCGUGCGUGUAGGAGGAUCGUUGCUGUGGAAACGAAAUAAUCUUCGCGUCUCCGGGAUUUGAUCGCCAUCAUCAUGAACUUCUUGUUGGAGACGCUGUGGGUUCUCGCCAGGUCGCUGUUCUACUGUUUAGAGUCGCUCGUGCGAUUUAUUAUACCGGUCCGGAGGAAGAAUGUUUCAGGGGAACUGGUGCUGUUAACCGGGGCGGGCAGCGGGAUCGGGCGCAUGAUGGCCUUGGAGUUCUCGCGCCUGGGUGCGCGCCUAGUGCUGUGGGAUAUCAACGAGGAGGGCAACAAUGAGACGGCGCGCAUGGUUCGAGACAUGCACGGGGGGCGCGCGUACGCGUACACCUGUGACUGCAGCGACCGGGAGGAGGUGUACAGGGUCGCGAGUCAGGUAAAGCGUGAGGUUGGUGACGUCAACAUUUUGGUCAACAAUGCAGGAAUUGUCACUGGGAAGAAGUUCAUGGAUUCUCCUGAUGCUCUGAUUGAGAAGACUAUGGAGGUCAACAGCCUCGCUCACUUCUGGAUGUAUAAGGCUUUUCUCCCCGCAAUGAUUGCUGCUAAUCACGGUCAUCUGGUCAGCAUUGCGAGUUCUGCUGGACUGAUUGGAGUCAAUGGACUGGCAGACUAUUGUGCAAGUAAAUUUGCCGCGGUUGGCUUCGCUGAGUCGAUGGCUCUGGAGCUGUUGGCCUCUGGCUGUGAAGGAGUGAAGACCACCAUAGUCUGCCCCUUCUUCAUUAACACUGGCAUGUUUGAAGGCGCUAACACAAAGUGGCCAAGACUCAUGCCUAUUUUAGAACCAGAGUAUGCAUGCCGGAAAAUUGUGGAAGCUGUUCAAAAGGAACAGUUUUAUCUGUACAUGCCUCGUAGCAUCUACAUCGCCCUUGCGUUGAAGAAUUUAUUUCCCACUAAAAUCGGUGUGCUGCUUGGUGAAUAUCUGGGAGCGUUCAACUUCAUGGCUAAGUUCAAAGGUCAUGGAAAAAAGAGCGACUGAUCUCAGCCAUUGAAAAAUAUUGAGAAACAACCAUCUGAGAGGAAGUGAUGUCGUGUCCUCCUAGGCAACAUACAUAAACAAGUAUGAAGGACUGCUUUUUCAACUUUAUAACAGUUGAUAAUUCAACCUGACAAAUUCGAUAAGCACUUACUCUAUGUUUUCUGCACUUCGGUUAUAACCAUCACACCACAAACAUUUAAAGCUUAUCUUGUUGAAGUUUUUAAAGAAGAAUGUUGGAUACAGACUCACAUACAAAAUAAUAAGAUAAUGUUAUUACGUUUACAAAGCUUUAUAUUAGAUUAUUGCAAAUCAUGUGUCAUAUUUAGUACUAUGUUGUUGCAUUAAUCUCCUAAACUGAAGUAUCCUGUUGUAUCUCAAGUAUUUUAUAAUUUAAACUAUUUUAUGACUGAUAGAUUGUAUGAAGGAAUGUGAAUGUCAAUCAUCCAUUAUGAAUUUUAAUUAUACUUGCCUUUAUUUGUAUUUUGGCUAAUAUUAACACAUUUAAACAUAUGUCUAACUAGA